CUUGUGCAUAUCGGUUUUGGGACUUGUGCAAGUCGAGUUAUGGUCAUCUGUCAAAACAUUUCAUAUGACUGCAAGGUCACCGUGACAAAGCACAGUUUGAAAAUGACAUUUUAAAAACCACUUUGUUUCAUUUUGGUAUUGGAAAUACCAGGUGCACUUCGUUCAUUGUAAGUGAGUGGAAAAGGAAACCAGAGGACAAAAUGGCUGGUGCUAAGCUCUCAGUGAAUGAAACGGACAUCAUCAAGCUGAUUUGUGAGUUUCUUCAGAAGCGAUCUCUCAACAUCUCGCUGCUUUCCAUCGAGAGAGAGACGGGUGUGAUCAACGGCAGCUACUCCGAUGACAUGCUCUUCUUACGACAGCUCAUUCUCGACGGACAGUGGGACGAUGUCAUAUAUUUCAUCCAGCCACUCACAUCUUUUGACACAUUUCCACUUCAAAAGUUUCAGUUUAUUAUCAUGAAGCAUAAAUACCUGGAACUGCUGUGCAUUAAGUCUGAGCCGAACGUGAUGCAGGAUUACGACUUCACUCUGAACGAGGUUGUCAAGUGUUUGGUUGUCCUGGAGAACCUUUGUCCUUCAAAGGAAGAGUACAACAAUCUGUGUUACCUUCUGUCGUUACCGCGCCUCUCAGACCACAUUGACUACCAGAACUGGAACCCAAGCAAUGCUCGAGUGCAGUGUUUUAAGGACUGUUUUCCGCUGGUAGAGAAGUUUUUGCCCAUUGACAAGAAGGGUGACCCGAAGUACCUGAUGGCCCAGAAUGACCGUCUGCUACAGCUCGUUCUCAAGGGCUUGCUCUAUGAGUCGUGCAUCGACUUCUGCCAGCAGCAGGCGACUAGCGGCGAUUGUAAAAUCAACUUCCCGGGCGUACUCAACAAUGCACGAUAUACUGACGCCGAUCUCAGUUGUCUACUUUCAUGGCUGCAGAGAAUACCACAUGAAACAUUUUCAUGUUCAUUUGAUCAGCAGGCGCUGAACAUCGAAGUCCGGCCAUUUGCCAAGCCGUCACUUGAAGCGUCGUGGUCGGAGCAGAUUCUGUUGACACCGAUAAAACCGAAGAUGUUUCCACACUCGGCCAUACCAGCGACGCGGCCCAGAUCAGCAGAGAUGAUGACUCGCUCCCUGAACCCUCAGUUUGAUGGUCUGUCCUGUGGGCUGUGGCAGAGCAGGAGAGACAACAUGAAUACUUCGAUGGAAUCUACAGCCCUAUCGUUGUCCGUGGCUCCUAUAAACAUCCUGAACCAGUCGGUGGAGCAACUGUUUUCCACUGGUGAAAUAAUAGAAACGCAUGCUUCCAUCAGUGAAGAGAGCAAGUUUUCUCCGAGGCUGUCUGAUGUUUUGAAGACUCCCCCGAGAAGCGCAACACCUCCAUCAAGGCAUCACGGCUCCAGACAGCAGCAAGGACAGUCGGCAGUGACCAUGACUCCCCCACAGUCGUCGUCCCCGUCUCGGAGUGUAACCAUGGCAUCACGAGCGUCUGACAGCUCUGUGGGUUCUAUGGGUUCUCUCGACACAGUGCCUGACUCGACGAGUAAGCUGUAUAAGGAGUACCAACGUCAGCGCAGCCGGCUCGAGGAGCAGCUCAAGCGGCAGGCGAUGGAGCGCGCACUUGUCCAGAAGGAGCUGCAGGAGAUAGAACUGAAGCAGAAGACUCUCUCCAUCGACAACCGUUACAAUGACGAGAAUGAGGAGGAGCAGUUAACGCCCAGCAUCAUGUCCAGCGUCAAGAUGUCAGAUCACUUUGUACAAGACCAAAAAUCAAGCACACCAAAUACGUUACCAAACAAUGGCACCCAACACAUCCCACAAACACCGACAGUGGUGACCACAGAUCCAGUUGAGUCUGGUUCACCUCACAUCCAGCAGAAACCAGAGGGACCGGUCUCAAGUGUUGACAAGAACUUCAACCUUAGUCGCAUACCGUCCCCUAUACCUCCAGCGAAGACCAAAGGCCCAGCCUUUGUGGGUAAACAGCCCGCCCGGGCCUCGUUUAAUAAAGUAGCUGUUGGUAAAGCCAACAAUCAGACAAUAGAAACAGAAGAUAAGAGCGACCACAGUCUUCAUAUAUCAGAGCUGAUGCAGUCAUCUAACCCAUCUCUCAAUGAGACUGACCCGUCUGAUAGAGGUCUACCUAAGUAUGGAGAGCGCAAACCGCGGUUUGUCGCGGUGGAGGCACUAGAGGACCAGCAAGUCGUGAGGACCGUGGCAUUUAGUCCGAGCGGAAACUUCUAUGCAGUCGGCUCCAACUCUAAAAUACUCCGAGUGUGUUCCUUCCCAGAUGUCGCUAACUUAAAAUACGACCAGGUGACGAAGGAGGCCAAUGUUGUGUUCAAGAAGCUGAAGCACCACAAGGGCUCCAUCUACUGCUCAGCGUGGAACCCACUCGGUGAUCUCAUCGCCACUGGCUCCAACGACAAGUCCAUCAAGUUACUCAGGUUCGACGCUGAUUCGGCCACCGCUGAAGGUGCUGAGCUGGAGCUGACGUUUCAUGAAGGCACGGUCAGAGAUUUGGUCUUCAUGCAGGACACCAGCAACCGAUCUUCGCUCUUGAUCAGUGGUGGAGCGGGGGAUGGCAAAAUCUAUGUGACGGACUGUGAGAGCGGAACACCAAUACGGGUCAUGGUGGGACACACAGGUCCUAUCUACACACUGCACACAUGGGGAGGCUGUAUGUUUGUUAGCGGCUCACAGGACAAGACGGCUCGCUUCUGGGAUCUGAGAGCGUCCACGCCAAUCACAGUCGUCGCCAAUCCUAGAGGCAGCCCGUUUGCGUCGGUGUGCGUGGAUGCGUCAGGCCGGCUGCUGGUGUCGGGCCACGAGGACGGGGUUGUGAGUCUGUUUGACAUCCGCGGCUCCAAGGCCAUGCAGAGCUUCAAGGCUCACUCCUCCGACUGUCGGUCAGCGCGAUUCUCCAUGAAGGCAUUUUACCUGCUGACAGGGUCCUACGACCAGACCGUCGUUCUCACCGAUCUUCACGAUUUGUAUAAAAAGAACAGUGAUUUGGGUGAUCUUCUUCGCCCGCUACCCAGCAUCGUGGUGGCUGAACACAAGGACAAGGUGAUCCAGUGUCGGUGGCAUCCAUCGCAGUUCUCCUUCGUGACCACCAGCGCAGACAGAACAGUCGUGUGCUGGUCUAUGCCCUAAUGAACACUUCCUUCCUCUAACGAAAUUAUUCACUUGUGUUAAAGUUAAAGUUUAAAAGACAAACAAAAUCCCCCUACAAAAUCUUGUGUUGUUCUCAGAGCCAGUCUUAUGAGGAUAUUUUAACUUUAUAGUUCUUCAAAUCUGUGGAAAUAUUUGUCUAGCUUUGCUCAGAGUUGUGUAGUUCCAGUAAAUAUAUAUGCAAUAUACAAACCAAACCCCACAAAUAUUAAGGUCACAAGAAUAUUUUGUAGCAUAAUGUUUUCAGUAAAAAUUGUUUACUGUUUUUGUCUUAAAUAUCCCUGUGUGAUCAUUUGGAUAUUGUUCAUUAUAUUUCAUUUCUGUACACACCAUCAGUUGCAUGAUCAUAGUAAUGUAUUAAAAUGAAUGGUUUUAGCAGUAGUAUUCAUGUGGAUUUUAGCUUGGCUAGGCAAUGGUUUUCCCUGUGAGUCAUUCAUUAAUCAAAAGACCAGAAGAAAUGAUUUCAUGCCAACAAAUUUUCUUCAAGACUGUUGAUACAUGUAAAUACAAAGAAAAUGUAAUUAUUUCACAAUGCUUUUAAUUAUUUCAUAAUGUUUGUAAUUAUUUCACAAUGUUUGUAAUUAUUUCACAAUGCUUAUAUGUGUAUUUAUUAUAAGUCAAACAGCAUGCUUCUUUAUGAAUAUUAAAGGCUUAUUUGUCUAACUUGAAAACAAAAUGCCUAGUUGUACUACGUGGUAUGUGUGUAUUCGCUCACCUGGCCUGAAGGGUCAUGACAGCUAUUGUUAUUUUUUGUGCCAAUUCAAAAUCCAAUAUGGCUACCCUGACCUCUGAUUGGCUGAGACAUUUUCGAUUUCUUAAGUUUGACCAGGCAGAACUUGAAAGUUUUGUUAUUUUUUUGGCCAAUUAAAAAUCCAAUAUGGCCGUUAUGUUUCACCAAUGAAACCAUGCCAAUUUCAACCACAAUUGGUACGAAUGAUUCAUUCGUGGCCUUGACCAAGUGUUGUUAUUUUUUGCAAUGAUUUGAAAUCUAAUAUGGCUGCCCUAAGCUCUGAUUGUUCUCAAGAUCCAGCAUGUAGAUUUCAGUCAAAGCUGGUACAAAUGAUCCUCUCAUGACUGACCAGCAACAGUUUACAUCUUCAUUAAUUCACUAAUUAUUUAUCAGGUGAAAAUAGAAUUCACAAAAUUUCAAGGCAUAUGCUGUGAUAAAAGUGGAUCAUUUACUGGAUCGGGUUUCAAUACAUACGUGUGCACAUCUUUAUUUGGUCAUUUGCUAUGUUGAUAUCAAAUUAGCUGUCACCAAAUGAUCAUCUAUGACAAAUCAUUAUUACUAGAAUUCACUUUUUAGAGGUGUAGUUAAAUACCUGGUGAGUGAUUCAGACCCCACGCACCUGUUUGUUUUUAAAUAAGAAACCUGUACUAACUAGACUUAUCUAGCUUCUGUUCACUGUGAUAGUCGCCGCUCUCAGGUGAAUACAUCAAACAUGACCCACAUCGUUGUCACAACACCAUUAAAAUAGUAUUUUGUUAAAGGAUGAUGGUGACUAUAUGAUAUAUAGAGGCUAUUUCACAGUGUGGUUUUUAUACAAUAAUAAUUUAAUAAUACUGCUGUGCAAACAUACCUGACAAAGCAAUCCUCUCAAAAACCCCACAAACACAAAACAAAUUGAACACCAAGUUUAAUUUUAACUUGCACUCAACGACUGGACAUUGUAUGAUCAUUAUUUAGUGUCAUAUUAAUCAGUUUUAGAUAUUUUAUUGUAAUUGCACUUCAUAUCCUUUUUUUUUUUAUAGGUACAAUUGUUUAAAUUACAUUUUUUUAUUUUUCAAAUGCAAUCCGAUGCAUUGGUAAUCAUAAAACCUAAACACUUAAGAGUGACACUAACCUCAAUAAUUAAAAAGUAAUAAGUUACAAGAGAGAUAAUUGAAUCAUAAAUCUGUUCACAAAACGAUAAAUAUGAUUUCUAUAAUUUCAUUGUAACUAAACUACAGUGAAAAUAUGACUUUUCACCGAAUAUCACUUUUAUGGUUUCUGUAGAUCUAUAUAUUUUGUUACCAUGUAUAUAAUAAAAUAAUAUAUACAGAUUUAAAGAUUUUUUACUGUGAAUACGUUUGUGAAUAUAUCGGUAGUUGAAACCAAUUUACUCUACAUUAAAUUUACUCUUUUAGUGAGAUCUGACAUUAGACAAUAUUAUCUAAUAUUAUCCAGUUGACCUUUAAUCUGAAUAAUGAUUAAAAUAUCAACCAGUUGCAUUUCUCCUCUAAUCCCAGUAGCUUAGUGGUAAAAUGUUUACUUGAUGUGUGGUUGGUCUGGGAUUGAUUCCCGUUGGUGGGUUUAC